CCAUUUCAAUGAUGUCAACAGAAUGUGUUCAGCCACUUGAUAUCCCAGAAGACAGACUGGACAAGCGAGAUUCACACUGUAACCCUUUAGAAGAUCUGUCAGAUCAGCUGAUUAAGAGCUGUGACCUCAAAAAGAAGCCAAGAAAAGGUAAAGCCAUCCCAGCCUCUCAAAACACUGAACAGGAGCAAAAAAAGCCAAGAAGAAAAGAUACACCAGCUUGGCACACCCCACCACCUUUAACGGGCAUACUUUCAGACUUUUCUGAUAAUCUGCUGAAAAGAUACGGUAUCACAGAGAAGCCACAGAGAGAGAGAGGAGUGAGUCCAGGCUCUCAGAUCACUGAACUGGAGCAGAAAAAGCCCAGGAGAAAAGAUACACCCGCAAUACACAUCCCACCCUUGAUAAUCGGCACUAAGCUGCUUACAGAAGAAAAGCAAACAGUGAUUAUGGAAGAUGAAGAAAAGGAUGGAGACACAAUCCCCAGUUAAGAUUACAGUGAUAUUUCCCAUAAUGCAGUGUAAAUAAUUCUGGGUCAUUCAAAGUGGCAGCACAUAGAACAAACAGUCCUUUCAUUUUUAUAAAU